GUAUCACACAGUGAUCACAGUUCACACCUGCAGUGAAGCUCCUCCCACAACAAUUCACCAAUAAAUACUGGGAAUAUUCACAUCAUCCUACAAGAGAAGGACAAACUCCAGGUGUAGCAGCUGAAAUCUGUGUGACUGUUAAAGAUGGAGUUUAUUAAAGAGGAGAUUGAAGACAUGAGUGAUCCAGAACCAUCCAGAAUAAAACAUGAAGAAACUGAGAAACAAAUAGAUCAGAUGGAAGUGAAAGAGCAAAGAAAAGAACUGGAGGAAAUUAAGGAGGAACGUCGUAACUUUAGAAUUCAAGAAACAAAAGCCAAAAAGCUGCACACCUGCUCACAGUGUGGAAAGAGUUUCACACUAAAAGGAACCCUUAACAGACACAUGAGAGUUCACACUGGAGAGAAACCAUAUACAUGCACUCAGUGUGAAAAGAGUUUUUCUCAAGCAUCAAGUCUGAAUAAACAUCUGCACAUUCACUCUGGAGAAAAACGAUUCAACUGUGAUCAGUGUGGUAAAGAUUUUAUUUCAUCAUCAGAUCUAAACCGACACCUGAAAGUUCAUUCAGGUGAGAGACCUUAUGUGUGUUCUUUCUGUGGAAAGAGUUUUUCAUGGCUGAGCAGUUUAAAACUGCACCAGAAAACACAUAAUGAAGUGAAAGAUCAUGUGUGCUUUGACUGUGGGAAGAGCUUUACUACAUCUGGUGAACUGAAACGGCACCAAAGAAUUCAUACUGGAGAAAAACCUUACAAGUGCUCAUAUUGUGACAAGAGUUUCACUCGGUUGGGAUCACUAAAAUCACAUGAGCGACUUCAUACUGGAGAGAGGCCGUACAACUGUAUUCUGUGUGGAGAGAGUUUUAGAUAUUCAAAAAGCUUUCUCAGGCACAUGAAGAAAUAUCAUACGUCGUCACAGUGAGCAACAUUUCAUUUUCAUGUCAAAUACAGUCAAGUAAAUGUUGUGAGAUUAACAAAAUAAGGAGUUGCUCCCAAAAGCUUAUUUUAUAAAUAAAACCCCUUUUGUUCAUAUACAUCUAAUUUGAUGUCAUCAUCUUCAAUCUGGGACAGAUGAUUGAAGUGUGUCCUUACUUUUUUCCUAUCUCUUUACUUUUUCCCCCCAUUUCUUUAACGCUUUUUCCUUUGUUACUUCCCCUCCCGACCCCUAGACGGGUAGAGGGACGGGUAAAUUAAUGCCAUGUGAGGCCGAGUUUAGUUAUAAAGAUAUAAAUUAAUUUAUUACAAUUAAUAUUUCUAGCAUUACAUAUAUUCUACAAACAUUCUAUACAAGUAAUAAAAUAAAGUAUAAAGAUCAAAAAAUUCUCCAGUCAAGGCAACAUCAGCGUUGGUUAUGGUGUCAGAGAAGUUCUACAGGUGCGAAGUAGCCUCUG